AUGCGGUUCUCUGAGAUCUUCACUUUUGUCGCUUGCCUCGCCACCACUGCGAUGGCCAGUGCUGACGACAUUACUCCCAAGGCCUCUCCCGAGGUUCUCGUAUGCGAACAUGUUGGGUUUGGAGGACAGUGCAGAUACCUCGAUGCUCCACUAGGCUCGUGCCACGAGCACCUCUUUCGUCGCAUAUUCAUCAUCUGCUGCGCGCAGCCCACCAGCCGGUUCAGAGUCUCGACGCGGCCUCCGUUUUCGCCCAUCACGAACGGAGAAAGUCGCCAUAGGGAGUUUCGCGAAGAGUGUCCACCAGAUUCCGACGAAAAACAGCAAAAAUAA